AUGGCAGCCGAGUGCAACAUGCAUGAAACAAUUAGCGAGCUCUCCAAACUGCUCCAAACUGAAAAAGACUUGCGAGCCAUGGAGCAGCUGAAGGCCACUGAGAGGGAGAAGGUGCUUCGUGCAGAGAUGGAGAAGAUGAGAGAAACAAUAACCAACCAGGAGACCAUUAAGUACAAGGCCCUGGAGAGGGAAAGGGACAUUUUGCUUACAGAGGUAGAGCACCUUAAAAGGAGCGAUUCGGCCUUCAAUGAUAUCAAGGAUAAGUACAAUGCUGAGAAGGCAGAAAAAGAGUCCAUCAGAGAGCAAAUGGAUGAUCUGCAAAAACAAAUUGAACACCUUAAAUUGCAGCUUCAUGAGGAAAAGGAUCUGCAUGUUGAGAGGCAGCUGAGGGACUCUGAGAGGGAAAAGGCCCUCCGCAAACAAAUCUGUGAACUCAAAGAGCAGAUCCGCACAGAGCACAAUGGGUGUGCAGAUUCAUUUGUGCCAAAACUCAAAGCCUUAGAGAGGGAGAAUGCAGCCUUGAUAAGUCAGAUAGAACAACUUAAAAUGAGCUGCAAAGAUAUGAAUUUGACUUUAAAAGAUUUGUCUGAAAAGGAGAAAGAGAAAGUUGUUGUGACGCAGUAUGAGGACGGCGCUCAGGAGCCUGAUUCAUUGGUAGAAAAAGAACAUUAUGUCUGCCAGGAGGAGCUCUCUGAGGGGGACAACGUUCCCAACAAAGAUACAUGUGACUUGGAAGAUAAGCUCCAGUCCGAGGGUUCAGAGUAUGUGGGUACGCUUGAGUCAAAACUCAAGGCUUUGGAGAGUCAUAACAAGGUCUUUAGCAAUGAGGUAGAGCAGCAUAAAAUGAGUUUUGAACAUAUGACUGAAAAGUACAUGGCAGAGAAGACUGAAAAAGAGGCCCUCCAAAUUAAUAUUCAGGAGCUUAACAUCAAGCUCCAAAGUGAAAUGGAUUUUUGUAAACAGCAGCAGAGAGCCUCUGAGAGGGAGAAAGUCCUCUGCCAAGAAAUAGAUAACCUGCGAGAGACGCUCCAAAAAGAGCAUGAGGACGACAGUAAACUCCAAGCCUGGGAGAAGGAGAGAAAGGCUUACACUCAAGAGAUAGCAGACUUAAAAUUAUGUUACGAAGGAAAAACCUUGAGAUUCAAUGAAAUGCUUGAGAAGUUAAAGGCAGAAAAAGCCCAUAAAGAGGCCAUUAAGGAUGAACACUGCAAAAGAAUUCAGGCAUUCAAUAUUAAGGUUAGACAACAGCAGGAUUUACGCACCCAGGAAAAGCUGAAGGCCUCUGAGAGGGAGAAGGUGCUUUCCCUGAAACUGGAGGAGUUGAAGGAAAAAAUCUCCUGCUAUGAGAAAGCGGCUCACCCAGAGCUCACAGCCACAUCCGAGUCAAGUGAAGAGAACGGUGACAGCCUCCAGGGUGAAGGUUCUGGGGAUGAGAAAAAGACCAAAAAGCGCAAAGGAUGGAAGAAAUUUGUUUAUUAUGCCAAGCCGUGGCAUUGGGGUAAAAAAUAG